AUGAGGGUGCUGCGCCUCUACCCUCCCUGCAGUCUGAUCCGGGGGCUCCUGGCUUUGCUGGCCAUCUGCGUCCAGCCCCCAACCCAAGGAUGGAGCCAGCAAGAUCAGGGGGAAGAAGAUGUUUUUCUCCUGCCUAUUAACUCUUCCACCAGGUCUAUGGCCAACUUGGAGUUUGAUCUCCACAAUGAAAAGAGAACCAGUGCUGAGGGACAUCUAGAAGAACAUCGGGGGACUAGGGCAGGGCAGGCAAGGGAUCUAACCUCUUCUGCUCCACCACCUCUUCCUUCUGAGUCCUCUGCUAGCAACACAUGGGACAGCAGCAGCCAGAGAGAUACUUUAAUCCUGUCUCCCCACAAGCCUCAGGAUUUGCACCCUUCCCACCCUCAGCAGCUAGGGGCACCUCACUGCAACAUCAGUGUCCAGAGGUUGAUGAUCACCUCCUUGUUGGUGCGCUGGGGACGCCAACUGGGUUUCCAGUGUGACCUGUUGCUCUUUUCCACCAAUAACCACGGCAGAGCCUUUUUCUCAGCCGCCUACAACCGUGUGGUGUCCCCAGUGGUCAUUGAGCAUAUUGGGGUAGCUGGUGCCCAGCAGGAGUUUCGACUUUGCGUGGGAUGUGGAUGGUCCAGGGGCCGAAGAAGUGGGCAUCUCAGACACCAGCAAGCUUCUGCCUAUUCAUCAUCUUCUACUUUUUCCUUUAUCUCUUCGUCCUCCUCCUCAGCAGACUCUCAUAACUCGUUGCUGGGGGAAUCCGUGAAUUUCUGCUGCCUGGAUUUCAGUUUGGAAGAACUGAGAGGGGAACAGGGCUGGAGGAUGAACCGAAAACCCAUUGAAUCUACUUUGGUGGCUUGUUUCAUGACUUUGGUGAUCAUUGUCUGGAGCGUUGCUGCUCUCAUCUGGCCAGUACCGAUCAUUGCAGGGUUCUUGCCUAAUGGAAUGGAACAGAGGAGGACAAGUAGUAAAUAG